AUUCACGCGACUGUCAUCCGUGGACUUUCUGAGCACGAGCAGUUCGAUGGCUAAAGAUUAGCCGCGGAGCUGUCCUCUGUGGGACAUGUGAGCUGCACCUUUCGUUUCCAGGUUUCUCGCUGGACACACUGUCUGCUCAGUGUUCACCUCCCACCAGUCAGUAAAGUAUAUGCUACUGGGACACAGUCAACACUUCCAGGACCAUGUCCAUGUUCAGCACAGGUAUUCUUGUGUUGACCACACCACUACACGCCCUCCCUCCCCGCCUUGCUCCUGUGCUGAGCUCUGCUGCCCAACUAGUGGACCGCACCCUCUAUGUCCACCUUCACCCUGGCCUGAAUCUAGGCAGCACCAGCCAGCCUCGACCAGUUUACAUUCCACCAGUUUUGGACCUGUCCAACCUCAUCACCUGCCUUUACAGCAAAGCUACAGACAUAUGUGGGCAUCUUGAUGUUCGCAUUUUGCUCAGUAAUGUCUGCUCCCAUACUGGGGCAUCCAGUUGCACCUCAUUGUCCAGUGAUCCUUUUCUGACACCUCAGUCCCUGUCUCAUUCUCCGGAUGUAGUGCUUACAGACUUUCUUCUGCUGGACCCAAGUCAGUCCGUGCAGGUGACGCAGCGUUUGGAAAAGUACACUGGUCAGUGUUAUGUCUGUGGGCCUGCAUUGCACUCUGUGCUGCUACACUCGCAACUCCAGAAACUGCAGAAAAAUGAGAAUGGUGUGACACAAUGUGAAGAAUCAGCCAAACCCCUGCAGACGUACAAUGAUGUUGUUGUUGGAGGGACGUUUGACCGUCUCCAUGGAGCGCACAAGACACUUCUCAACAUCUCAUGCAUGCUGGCAAACAGGAGAUUUUCAAUUGGUGUUUGCGACCAAGCCAUGCUCAAAAAAAAGGUUUUGAGUGAGCUCAUCCAGCCAUAUUCCUUAAGAGUUCAGAAACUUCAGGAGUUUCUACAUGAUGUCAAGCCAUCACUGCAGAUCGAAAUCACACCACUAGAAGACCCAUUUGGGCCGUCAACAACAGACCCUCUGCUGGAAUGCAUCGUGGUCAGUGAGGAGACCAGGAGAGGAGGCAACGCAGUCAAUCAGAAGCGUAUAGAGAAUGGUCUAUCAGCUCUUGAGCUUCACGAGAUCCAGUUACUGAAGGAUGUUCACCACACAGAGACAGAAGAGGAGAAGAUUAGCUCAUCCAGUCUGCGCUCACGUUUGCUGGGAACACUUUUGGUUCCUCCAGAGAAGAAGCCUGAUCUCCCUCUGCGUCCAUACAUAAUUGGGUUGACUGGAGGCAGUGGCAGUGGGAAGACUUCCAUUGCUAGGCGGCUGGAGGCCUUGGGCGCCACUCGCAUCGACUGUGACCAGUUGGGCCAUAAAAUUUAUGAAGUGGACACCCCAGGGUACCACAAAGUGUUAGAAGAGUUUGGCCAAGAUAUUCUCAAUGAAGAUAAAAGUAUCAACAGAAGAGCAUUAGGAAGAAAGGUGUUUGGAAACCAGGAACGUUUAAAAGCUUUAACUGAUAUUGUGUGGCCAGCAAUUGCUCUUUUGGUAAAGGACAUGGUCAGCCAAGCCAGAGCCGAAGGCAAAGGUGUGUGUGUGAUUGAUGCUGCAGUUCUUCUGGAGGCUGGUUGGACUGACAUGGUUCACGAGGUUUGGGUGACCAUCAUCCCUGGAGAAGAGGCUGUGCAGAGAAUAAUGCGGCGAGAUAAGAUUUCCACCCAGGAAGCUGAGCGUCGACUACAGAGUCAGUGGUCCAACACCAAGCAGGUGGAGCAUGCUAAUGUGGUCCUCAGCACUCUAUGGGAACCAGAGUUCACCCAAAAACAGGUUCUAAAGGCCUGGAAUCUUCUGCAGGAGCGAGUCCAACAGAGAGAGAAUCAGUAAGAAUGUCCUGUCGACGGCCUUAAUAGUCUGAUGCUGCAGAAACGAAACACACCUGACCUCCUUGAUCAAGACCGAGUGCCUGAUAGUGUCACCUGAUUUUUAAAUCGAAAUUUUGUGUAGCAUUCGGGGUACAAAAAGAUGAUAAUCAUGUCAAGUAUGUAGUAGCUCAAAGAGCUUUCUGCCAUAAACAGUCCUGUCCUACUCUUCAGCCAUAAUAAAGUAUCUAAUUAUUUUAUUUUUAAUGUUAUGUAGCCUUCAGUCCGUUAACAUCAGGAAAGGUAGUCUUCCCACCAGCUCUAAACUGCUCAGCGCUGUGAUGAUACUGACGUGUGGCAGCUUAAUAUUUGGUGGGAGCUGCUGUGUUAAAGAGGAGCAAAUAUCAAUUGAUAUUUUUCAUGUGUUGACAGAAAAGGGUGUCCUGACAUUUCUGUUUGUCGUUAAAGAGAAUUCUGAAGUCAUUUAAACGUUUUAUAUGUAACUGAACGAUUUUAACUUGUAUUGAGAGUUGGUCCACCGAGUUGAGGUCAGAGUAUGAUUUCAAAAAGUUUCAUUUGCACAUCAUCCCUGAGCUUUAUGUACAGAAUGAAUGAUUCUGUGUAUGUUGUGUGUGUGCGAGCAGCGAAAGCAACGCAAGAAAAUGCAGAAAUAAUGCAUUAUGUAAUCGUGAAAUAAAAUGAGUCAAGAUAACAAAGCCAGAAUGAAGAUCUUAUUUCUGUAACAAACCAUCAGUUGGAGAAACGGGAAGGGAAAAUCAAACCAUUUUGGCCACGUUUAACACUCGACUUUAUCCAAACCUGACCAGGGAUCGUCUGCCUGUUGCAUGCAGACAUGUUCUGACUACGGUCACCGUGGCUGUUUCACACAAGUCAUCCUGUUUAUUCUAGUCUGCACCAGGUGGACACAAUCGCUUUCCUAUAACUCUUGUCUUCUGUAUCAAGUGAAAGGCCGUUGGUCUGAUUCUCCCAGUAUGGGUCCAAUAAGUCACAGUAUUUGAUGUAAAGUGAAAUGCCUUUCAUGAUCCUCCAUAUCAACAGCUUUGCUUUCAGUAGUUGUGAAAUGGGAUAUGAUGGAAAAGUCAAGCUAAAAUUUGGUCGUGAGAUGUACUGUACUGGCGAGACGUUUCCUGCCUCAGUGUCCCCUCAUUGGGUUCCUACUACAUUUAACACCAGAUCACCAGAAUCCACAGAACCUGGGCGUCUCACUUUGUCGCUAUUGUCUCGCACUAUGAAUUCCCGAUUAAAAAUAUCUACUCAGAUCUA